CACUCGUACUCGUCUCUUCUUCGCCACACACACACACGGCUGCUAGUGUACACAGAGGCACAGCAGCAGGAGGAUGGCCGUAGUGCCGGCGGCGCCGGUGGUUCUUGGAGUGGCCAUGGUGCUCGUCGUCCUGGCCGCCAGCGCCGGCGCGGCCGGGCAGCUCAGGAUGGGGUUCUACGCCGAGAGCUGCCCGGGCGUGGAGCGCGUGGUGGGCGACUUCGUCCGGCAGCACGUCCGCCGCGUGCCCACCGUCGCCGCCGCGUUGCUCCGGCUGCACUUCCACGACUGCUUCGUCAGGGGCUGCGACGCCUCCGUCCUGCUCAACUCCACCGCCGGCAGCGUGGCCGAGAAGGACGCGCCGCCGAACCUGACGCUGCGCGGCUUCGACCUCGUCGACCGCGUCAAGGCGCUCGUCGAGGAUGCCUGCCCCGGCGUCGUCUCCUGCGCCGACGUCCUCGCGCUCGCCGCCCGGGACGCGGUCGUCGCCAUCGGCGGGCCGUCGUGGCGCGUGGCGACGGGGAGGAGGGACGGCACGGUGUCCGCCAUGCAGGAGGCGCUCGACGACAUCCCCAAGCACACCAUGACCUUCCCGCAGCUGGCCAGCCUGUUCGCCAGCAAAGGCCUCGGCGUUCGUGACCUCGUCUGGCUCUCAGGCGCGCACACGAUCGGCAUCGCGCACUGCUCCUCCUUCGCGGACCGCCUGUACGGCUACCCCGGCGGCGGCGUUGGCGCGGCCGGCAACGACACGGCCGACCCGGCCCUGGACGCGACCUACGCGGCCAACCUGCGGAGGCGCAAGUGCCGGGCGGCGGGCGGCGGGUACGCGGAGGACGGCGUGGUGGAGAUGGACCCAGGCAGCCACCUGACGUUCGACCUGGGCUACUACCGCGCGCUGCUCAAGCGCAGGGGCCUGCUCCGCUCCGACGCCGCGCUGCUCACCGACGCGGCGGCGCGCGCCGACGUCGAGGGCGUCGCGGCCGGGCCCGAGGAGGUCUUCUUCCAGCUGUUCGCGCGGUCCAUGGCCAGGCUGGCGGCGCUGCAGGUCAAGACCGGCGCCGAGGGGGAGGUCAGGAGGAACUGCGCUGUCGUCAACGGCGGCUAAUGCAUGUAGCUUCUUGCCUUUCUUCUUCUUUCCCUUCAUGGCCAUUACUGCUAGCGAAUACUGUGAUUUUGCUCUUGCAUUUUGGGUGCUUCACGCUCGGGUGCAAUUAUCAUGUCAAAGAAAUUGUUACCCUCUUGCUCCUUUUGUUAGAGACUUAAUAGAAUUGUUUGGACUGGC